AUGUCAGAACUAACUCAUCCUACUAUUGUAGAUGGCUGGUUUAGAGAAAUCUCUGAUACCAUGUGGCCAGGCCAAGCCAUGACUUUGCGCGUGGAAAAAAUCUUGCACCAUGAGAAAUCCAAGUACCAGGAUGUUUUGGUUUUCAAGUCCACCGAUUACGGUAACGUUUUGGUGCUAGACAAUGUGAUCCAAGUCACGGAACGUGAUGAGUUCUCUUACCAAGAAAUGAUUGCACACUUGGCUUUAAACUCUCACCCAAACCCAAAGAAGGUUUUGGUCAUUGGAGGUGGUGACGGUGGUGUGUUGAGAGAAAUUGUCAAGCACGAAUCUGUCGAGGAAGCUUGGUUGUGUGACAUUGACGAGGCUGUUAUCAGAGUUUCCAAGGAAUACUUGCCUGAGAUGGCCAAGUCGUACUCUCAUCCAAAGGUCAAGACCCACAUUGGUGACGGUUUCCAAUUCUUGAGAGACUACCAAAACACCUUUGACGUCAUUAUCACAGACUCUUCCGAUCCAGAAGGUCCAGCUGCCUCUCUUUUCCAACAAUCCUACUUCGAAUUGUUGAGCAGUGCAUUGACUGAGAAGGGUGUCAUCUCCACUCAAGCUGAAAGUAUGUGGAUUCACUUGCCAAUUAUCAAAGACUUGAAGAAGGCCUGUAAGGAGGUUUUCCCAUCAGUCGGAUACGCCUUCACUACCAUUCCUACCUACCCAACUGGUCAAAUCGGGUUCAUGGUUUGCUCCAAGGACCCUAACGUUGACGUCACCAAGCCAUUAAGAUCCAUUUCCGACGAAGAAGAGGACUCAAGAUACCGUUACUACAACAAGAAGGUCCACGAAGCCGCUUUCGUGCUACCUACUUGGGUUGCAAAGGAAUUGGACCUGUGA